ACCAUAGUGUACCAGUUCGAAUCAAACAGAAUAAACAACGAUCCAAUGAUCCCGCGUUAUUGCAAUGGAUUCGACGGUGAAGUUAUCAAUUUUUUUUACAGUGAUAAUUAUUUCAGAACUCACCGGACUCGGUGCAGUGCUGAACUUCAAAUCACCUCCUAUAAUCGACUGGACAAACGAUGAAGAUGUGCUGUUCAGAGUGGAAACGGAAGAACCAUACCCUGAUUGGAAAUCCUUCGAUGAAAAAAGAUGGGUCCCGCUCAUAUGUGGUGCCAAAGGGAAUCCAACACCUGAAUAUUAUUGGAUGAAAAAUGGUGAAUACUUCAACUGGACCUUAGAAGGCUCUCGGAUCACAAAUCCAACUAUGGGGUUUUUGAACAUACAGAACCCCAAAUCUAGUGAUGCUGGUGUAUAUCAAUGUUUCGCCAAGAACAAAUGGGGUAUCUCCGGCUCGAAAAUGCUACACGUUCGUCAAAUUAAACUCGAACCGCCCAAAAAUUAUUCCGUAAUUGUGAAACAAGUAUUCGAAGGAGAACUCGUAAAUUUUACUUGUGAGCAACCCGAUGGAUAUCCUAAACCAUUCGUCAAAUGGGGCAAAUACAUAGACGAACCCACGUUUGAAUCUGAUUUUGAUUACUUAAAUGAAUCCGACCCACGAAUUAUUACCAGUGAAGUAGGAAACAUGUGGAUUUGGCCUGUUACGCAAGAAGAUGCCACGAAAGAAAACUAUACUUAUAUUUGCGUAAUCAAACAUCUCGAAACAGAGUACGUAAGAACAGCCGACAGAAUUAAAUUAAUCGUGUUACCACGUAAUUCAUCUUCUGCACAAAAUGCAAUCGCUCCAGUGAAACUGUACACCACCAGUGAAAAUAUAACUGUGUUAUGGAACGAAUAUGUCAGUCUGUAUUGCACGUUCGGUGGAAUACCUCCGCCCAAAGUGACUUGGAAAAAAGAUGGUAAAAUCAUUUGCCCUUCAAAUUCUAGGCCAAAUUUAUACGCCUGCGGAAGGAGGAAGAGCGUCAUUAGUACGAGAAUUGGUUAUGCAAACGAGGGAAAAUACACUUGUGAAGUCAGUAAUGGUAUCGGCGAUCCCAUAUCACACACAAUAAAUUUGAAAGUGCUGGCUGCACCUUAUUUCUAUUCGAAGAAGUCAGAACAUAUCGACGCAAACGAAAACCAAACUGUGAACAUGUUUGGCUGUUUCGCUUUUGGUGAACCAACACCUAAGAUAACUUGGAUUUAUAAUGGGAAACCUCUAUCCGAAGCACCAACCAAUCCGAGACUCGGGGUUCUCGGUAAUUCUUCUCACAUUUUAAUUGAAAAAGUACAGAUCAGCGACACUGGCAAUUAUGGCUGUUAUGUAACAAACAGCGAAGGUCGCAUUUACAAAGAAACAUCCCUCAAUGUUUCGGGCGAAUAUCCGACAAUUGAAAUUUCUAAAGAUAGCAUCUUGGAGACUGUAGAGGGCGAUAAAAUUGGCCUUCGAUGUGACGUAUAUGGUUACCCAGAUCCUGCCGUCAAAUGGAUCAGAAACGGUGCCGAGGUGACUGAGAAUCAAAAUCUUUCCACAUCUUACGGUAACUUGACCAUAAGAAAUGCUACGUUUGCUGAUGCUGGAGAAUACACAAUUGAGGCAACAAACAGACUUUCAACAGUAAACAGUACUAUAAAUGUGUUUGUACGAAGACGUACGGAAGUUGAAGUUGAGCCCGAUUAUGUAUAUAAACCAUCAGAUUAUUAUGCCACAUUCAAGUGUUCGGCUAAUGUAGACAGGAACCUAACACCAGAAUUUAGAUGGUAUUGGAACGGUACACCUAUGAAUUACUACUUUUUUGGUAUUAUAAGGGAUGAUGGUCGCACGCUGAUGGUUCCAACAAACGAUAGUGUCUUCUCUGGAACGUACACUUGCGAAGUAAAAACACGUCUUGAUAUUUCAUCAGCAAAUGCCACACUUGUUGCGAAUCCGAAAUAAUUCAACGAUUAAUUUCAACUCGGACAUAAGAGCCAAACAAGGCGACGACGACGGUGGUAGUGGGCUGAUUAUUCUGUCAACCAUCGCUGGGAUUCUGGAAAGUACUUACAAAUGCGAGGUAAAAACAAGACGAUGACACGUUUAGUGUUUUUCAAUUGAAAAAUAGAAUUUCAGUUUUCAUGAAAAAAAUGAAAAUUUCAAUGUUUAGGCAUUUGUUUUUACUCCUGCAUAAUACGUACAUACCUAUGUAUUCAAUUGUCAUAUCCUCAAGAAAGAAAAUAUGAUAGAUAGUUACCUAUUUUAUAACUUAUAAGUUAGCUUUGUUUUUCAUUUCACGUAAAUAAAAUUUAUUCAACGAAGA